GCCUCGUAUAAUGGAGGAGGGAUGAACGGCACAAGCACAAUGAUGGAUUUCCUGGAGGAACCUCUUCCUGGUGUGGGGACCUACGAAGAUUUUAACACUAUAGAUUGGGUGCGAGAGAAGUCCAGGGACCGGGACAGACACAGAGAGAUCACCAGUAGAAGUAAAGAGUCCACGUGGGCGCUGAUACACAGCGUGAGCGAUGCCUUUUCUGGCUGGCUGUUGAUGCUUCUCAUCGGGUUGUUGGCAGGUUCCUUAGCGGGUCUGAUAGACAUUUCUGCCCACUGGAUGACAGAUUUGAAAGAAGGAGUGUGUUUAGCAGGCUUCUGGUUUAACCACGAGCACUGCUGCUGGAAAUCCAACACAACCUUCACGGACAGAGACAAGUGUCCCGAGUGGAAGAGCUGGUCCCAGCUGAUCCUCGGCCACGGAGAGGGGGCUUUUGCGUAUAUUCUCAACUACUUCAUGUACGUUAUCUGGGCCUUGUUAUUCUCCCUUCUGGCUGUGUUACUUGUGAAGGGGUUUGCUCCCUAUGCCUGUGGCUCAGGGAUCCCAGAGAUCAAAACUAUCUUAAGUGGUUUCAUCAUUAGAGGCUACCUGGGCAAGUGGACACUGAUCAUCAAAACCAUCACCUUGGUGCUGGCGGUGUCCUCCGGGCUGAGCCUGGGCAAGGAGGGGCCCCUGGUGCACGUCGCCUGCUGCUGUGGGAACAUCUUGUGUCACCUCUUCACCAAAUACAGGAAGAACGAAGCGAAGCGCAGAGAGGUUUUAUCAGCAGCUGCAGCUGCUGGUGUGUCUGUAGCUUUUGGUGCACCGAUCGGAGGAGUGCUCUUUAGCCUGGAAGAGGUCAGUUACUACUUUCCUCUCAAGACGCUGUGGCGUUCCUUCUUCGCCGCUCUGGUCGCCGCGUUUACCCUGCGCUCCAUCAACCCUUUUGGGAACAGCCGCCUGGUUCUCUUCUACGUGGAGUUUCACAUGCCGUGGCAUCUUCUGGAGCUCGUGCCCUUCAUCCUUUUGGGAAUAUUUGGUGGGCUCUGGGGAGCUUUGUUCAUUCGCAGCAACAUUGCCUGGUGCAGGCGCCGCAAGACGACCAAGCUCGGCAAAUACCCUGUGCUGGAGGUGUUUGUGGUGACCGCCAUCACGGCCGUUCUGGCCUUUCCCAACGAGUACACCAGGAUGAGCACCAGCGAGCUGAUUUCUGAGCUCUUCAAUGACUGCGGGAUUUUGGACUCGUCCAAGCUCUGCGAGUAUGUGAAUGAUUUCAACAGCACCAAAGGGGACGACCUGCCGGACCGAGCUGCUGGCCCAGGAGUCUACACAGCCAUGUGGAAGCUGGCUUUGGCCCUGAUAAUGAAAGUCUUCAUCACGAUCUUCACCUUUGGCAUGAAGGUGCCCUCGGGUCUCUUCAUCCCCAGCAUGGCGGUGGGCGCGAUAGCGGGCAGGUUGCUCGGCGUGGCCGUGGAGCAGCUGGCCUAUUACCACCACGACUGGGCCAUCUUCAGCGGCUGGUGCAGCCAAGGCGCCGACUGCAUCACUCCCGGCCUCUACGCGAUGGUGGGGGCUGCAGCCUGUCUAGGCGGAGUGACCCGAAUGACCGUGUCACUAGUGGUCAUUAUGUUUGAGCUCACUGGUGGGCUGGAAUACAUCGUUCCUCUGAUGGCAGCAGCCAUGACCAGCAAGUGGGUGGCCGAUGCCAUUGGGCGAGAAGGCAUUUACGAUGCCCACAUUCGCCUCAACGGAUACCCUUUCUUGGAAGCCAAGGAAGAGUUCUCUCACAAGACGCUUGCGAUGGACGUAAUGAGGCCAAGGAGGAACGAUCCUCCUCUGACUGUCAUCACUCAGGACAGCAUGACCGUAGAAGACGUCGAGACCAUCAUCAACGACACCACGUACAGUGGCUAUCCCGUGGUGGUGUCGCGGGAGUCCCAAAGGCUGGUCGGAUUCGUCCUCAGGAGAGACCUCAUCAUUUCAAUUGAAAAUGCCCGGAAGAAGCAGGAUGGGAUUGUGAGCACUUCAAUUAUUUAUUUCACUGACCACUCUCCUCCGCUGCCUCCAAGCUCCCCCUCGAUGCUGAAACUCAGGAGCAUCCUGGACCUCAGUCCUUUCACAGUCACAGACCAAACUCCCAUGGAAAUCGUCGUGGAUAUAUUCCGCAAGCUGGGAUUGCGCCAGUGCCUGGUUACUCACAACGGGAAGCUGCUGGGGAUCAUUACCAAAAAGGACGUAUUAAAGCACAUUGCACAGCUGGCUAACCAGGACCCAGAUUCCAUACUCUUCAAUUAAAGGCAGAGUAGUAGGUAUUGUGUGUUCAACACAAAAAAAAACUUUACAGACCAUCCUGGAUAUACUUUCCUAUUUUUAUUGAGACCGUGGAACUGUUUUCAGCGUUUCCUUCCGUGGAGCUGAAGAAGAUAAUUUUUUUCCUACCAGAUAACCAAUUGCACUACAUAAUCUGUGGAACGUAAUCUUCUUUUUAGAAGAAAAAAAAAAAAAGACUUUAUUUCCGUUGCUUUUGUGAAGUUGCAUUGGAAAGAUUCCAUGAAGGAGUAAAAGCAAAAUGCUAUAGAA